AUGUCGGGCCUUGGACAUGGAGGAUUCGGAGCAAGGAAAAAAACCUUAGUGUUAGAUUUGGACGAGACAUUGAUACAUUCCACAUCCAGAGGAUCACGCUCUCAAGGAUACAUGGUCGAAGUAUUGGUUGAUCGACAUGCAUGUCUAUAUUAUGUCUAUAAACGACCUCAUGUGGACUACUUUCUGAAGAAGGUGUCUGAAUGGUACAAGCUGGUGAUUUUUACAGCUUCCAUGGCAGAAUAUGCAGAUCCUGUCAUCGAUUGGUUGGAUCAGAACCGCACCCUGUUUGAAAAACGGUAUUUUCGCCAGGCUUGUUUCUUCCGUAAUGGUAGUUACUUGAAGGACCUUACGGUAGUAGAACAGGAUUUGUCCUCUGUCUGUCUACUUGAUAAUUCACCUGUAUCAUAUUCACUCAAUAAAGAAAAUGGUAUCCCUAUCGACAGUUGGAUCGAUGACCCGAACGAUGAGGCCCUGUUGGACCUACUUCCGUUCCUUGAUGCUCUUCGAUUCACAGAAGAUGUGCGGUCUAUCUUAUCUUUGAGAACCAUUUAA